ACGGCUCAGCUGUUGCGGGGCGGGGCUUUCGUAGAGCAUGGCGGCGGGCGAGCUUGAGGGCGGCAAGUCCCUGAACGGGCUGCUGAAUGCGCUAGCCCAGGACACUUUCCACGGGCACCCCGGCAUUACAGAGGAGCUGCUACGGAGCCAGCUGUAUCCAGAGGUGCCACCCGAGGAGUUCCGCCCCUUUUUGGCAAAGAUGAGGGGGAUUCUUAAGUCUAUUGCGUCUGCAGACAUGGAUUUCAACCAGCUGGAAGCAUUCUUGACUGCUCAAACCAAAAAGCAAGGUGGGAUCACAUCUGACCAAGCUGCUGUCAUUUCCAAAUUCUGGAAGAGCCACAAGACAAAAAUCCGUGAGAGCCUCAUGAACCAGAGCCGCUGGAAUAGCGGGCUUCGGGGCCUGAGCUGGAGAGUUGAUGGCAAGUCUCAGUCAAGGCAUUCAGCUCAAAUACACACGCCUGUUGCCAUUAUAGAGCUGGAAUUAGGCAAAUAUGGACAGGAAUCUGAAUUUCUGUGUUUGGAAUUUGAUGAGGUCAAAGUCAACCAAAUUCUGAAGACGCUGUCAGAGGUAGAAGAAAGUAUCAGCACACUGAUCAGCCAGCCUAACUGAAGAUGACGUAUGAAGGAGUUGGAGUUGUUGAAACCAAGGUGUUCAUGAUCCCUCCCCGCUGACCUUUUUUAAAAAAAUUCUUGUGCCUGCAUUGGUAUUAAAUCCUCGCAUUCAAUCUUCCCGCC